CUCAGUGUGCUGCACGCGGGGUGAGAGUAUUAUCCAGUAGGAGUAUGGACACGGAUCCGCGGAACUAAAGAGCGAGCUCCGAAAGUGGAGAAUAUCUCGAACCGAUGAGCUCCGACACUUUAAGCACACCGGAUGGAUUUAAAGAGUCCCCCAAAAGGAGGAAUGCCUGCUCAGAAGCCAAGUACGGACGUGCAGGAAGCUGCAGUGAGCACGCUUCACAGCAUGCAGUCCGACAGCACCACCACCAACAUCCUGGCCUCUGUCAAAGAACAGGAGCUGCAGUUUGAGCGCUUGACCCGGGAGCUGGAGGUGGAGCGACAGAUAGUGGCCAAUCAGCUGGAACGAUGCAGACUGGGUUCAGAAUCACCAGGAGCUGCAAGCGGAAGCUCCUCUGAGAAGUCUCUUCCCUGGAGAUCUGCAGGGUCUGUAGGUAACUCUCGCAGCUCUACACAGAUGAACUCGUACUCUGACAGUGGUUAUCAGGAUGCUGGCAGCUACUACAGCAGUCAGACGCAGGGCAAGUUCCCGGGUUCAGGAGGAAACUCUGCACUGCAGAGGAACUCCAGAGCCGAGGGCCAGGCUGCAGGACAGGCAUCAGGAGAUAUGGGUGGGGCUAUACCGGGUCGGGCUAUGCGGCGGGUCGGUUCGAUGCCCACUCGCACUCAGUCUCCUUACGCCAGCAGUAUCUCUCCAUCUCGAGGUUCCCUGCGCACGGUGGGAAGCUCUUACGGGUCACCCAUCAUGACCGAACCCAGACCGCUGCCCUCCAUUUUUACGAGCACCACCCUACCUGGAAUCCCACAGUCCAGCUCACCCUACACCACACAGAAAAACUCCCCUACCGCCCUGCGCAGGAUGGGCUCUACAAACUCCCGCUCUUUCAGUGCCAGCCGCACCACCUCACCCUACUCAGUGGGUGUGGGUUCAGGUGGAGAAGGGCAGAUCGGGUCAGAGUCUCCGGCCCGGCCCGGGAUGGCAGCAGUGCCGCAGCAUUAUGGGUCCACGAUGCCGAGAACAUUUGUGCAUGACGCCUCUGAUCCGUACAGCACCCACACCUAUGAGAUCUAUGAGCGGAUUGCCCCGCAUCCAGAAAACCUCACAGCGGAGAGAAUAGUCAAUGACCAACCAGGUAUGCGAGCAUCUUACGCUAGUCAGCAUAGUCAUAUGGGCGCUGAUCUGAGAUCAGCCAUCUCUCCUGACCGUCACAUUGGACCCAUCUAUGAGGGCCGCACAUUUCAGGGGCCCCUGUACCGCAGUCCCAGCCAUGCAGUGGCAGACCUCAACUACAACCCGCACAGCACCCUCUACAGGUCAUCAUUUGGUGUGGGUAACCUGCAGCGGAGCUCCAGUCAGCGCAGUAACAUCAUGUACCAAAGAAGCAACUACACCCUGAACACCAUCUACACAGCUCCGUACCGGCCCUCCGACCCCAGUCACACACACCAGCCCAUCGCCAUGGAUGAUGUCGCCACCCGCUCGCCCUCCAUAGACAGCAUUCAGAAGGACCCGAGAGAGUUCGCAUGGCGUGAUCCAGAGCUGGCAGAGGUCAUUCACAUGCUGCAGCAUCAGUUCCCUUCUGUGCAGGCUAACGCAGCUGCAUACCUACAGCACCUGUGCUACGGAGACAACCACGUCAAGACAGAGGUGUGUCGUCUGGGUGGUAUCAAGCAUCUGGUGGAUUUGUUGGAUCAUAAAGUUCUUGAGGUGCAGCGUCACUCAUGUGGAGCUUUGAGGAACCUUGUUUACGGCAGAGCCACAGACGACAACAAGAUCGCUGUGAGGAAUGCAGGUGGAGUUCCUGCUCUUCUCCGUCUGCUCAGGACGACUGUAGACACUGAUGUCAGAGAGCUCGUCACAGGUGUGUUGUGGAAUCUGUCCUCAUGUGAAGCAGUGAAGAUAACAAUCAUUCGUGAUGCUUUGAGCAGUAUGACAAACACUGUGGUCAUCCCUCACUCGGGCUGGAGCAACACUGACUUCCACGACGAACACAAACUCAAGUUCCACUCCUCACUCGUGCUCCGUAACACCACUGGCUGCCUCAGGAACCUGAGUUCAGCUGGAGAGGAGGCCAGGAAACAGAUGCGCUGCUGUGAUGGACUCGUCGACUCCCUGCUGUAUGUCAUCAAAGCCUGCGUCAGCACCUCUGAAUUUGACAGCAAGAUCGUGGAGAACUGUAUUUGCACUCUUAGGAAUCUCUCCUACCGUUUGGAGCUUGAAAUGCCACCCUCUCGGAUGACAGCCAAUCAUGAGCUGGACGGGCUACUAGGCUCAGAGUCUCCCAGUAAAGAGGCGGAGUACAGCUGCUGGGGAAGGAAGAAGAGGAAGAAGAAGAAUUUAGAGGAGGAACAGUGGGAUGGAGUCGGACCAAUUCCUGGUUUCUCCAAAUCUCCUAAAGGUGCUGAGAUGUUGUGGCACCCGUCUGUGGUGAAGCCCUAUCUGACCCUUCUAGCUGAAAGCUCAAAUCCAGCCACACUGGAGGGAUCUGCCGGAUCACUGCAAAACCUCUCCGCUGGAAACUGGAAGUUUGCGGCAUAUAUUCGCGCAGCGGUGCGGAAGGAGAAGGGUUUGCCCAUCCUGGUGGAGUUACUGCGCAUGGACAAUGACAGAGUGGUGUGCGCCAUCGCCACAGCUCUCAGAAACAUGGCUCUGGAUGUCAGGAAUAAAGAACUGAUCGGGAAAUAUGCCAUGCGGGAUCUGGUGAACCGGUUGCCAGGGGGAAACACCACACUGCUGUCUGAUGACACUGUGGCGGCCAUCUGCUGCACGCUGCACGAGGUGACCAGCAGGAACAUGGAGAACGCGAAAGCCCUGGCAGACACGGGCGGCAUCGAGAAACUCGUCAACAUCACCAAGGGCAGAGGAGAGAGGUACACUGUGAAGGUGGUGAAGGCCGCAGCUCAGGUGCUGAACACACUGUGGCAGUAUAGAGACCUGCGCACUAUCUAUAAGAAGGACGGCUGGAAUCAGAAUCACUUCUUGACUCCUGUGUCGACUCUAGAGCGAGAGCGCUUCAAGUCACAGCCCACACUACCAUCAACAGCACUACAGAUGUCACCCGUGUCUCACACAGUGGGCAGCACAACGUCAUCUCCUGCAGUGCUGGGCAUUAAAGAACAACACGCUGAUAAUCAGAAGACUCAAUCGCCUAUGCAAUUUUAUAAUUACCAAGGAGAGAACGGCAUCAAUAAAAAUACAGGGUCUGCAAAAGUGCCUCAGUUUAACAUGGGUCCGUACACUUCCCCCAGCAGAGAGGGCUCCAGACGAGGACAGCAGGUGUAUUACACAGAUGAAAGGAGCCGCAGAAACUACGACACCUACCGCACAUACCUGCAGUCACCGCAAGCUUACGAGGACUCGUACCUGGACGAGACGGUGCGCUAUUCUCCCGCCGAUUACAGCCAGCCACAGGGCUUCAAAACCACCAGUAACUAUGUGGACUUCUACUCGUCCACCAGGAGACCCUUGUUCUGCACUGAUCAUUACCCAACAUCCCCGGACUCAUGGGUGUAGAGACAACAUCUGCACACAAACAGACUUUCUGAACACUGUUUUUAAAGAGAAGCCAGUCAUGGAGCAACACAUAGAAAGACAUGACUGAGAAUGUCGAGCCAAAAAGGAGACAGAAUGUGUUUUUAAUGUGAGCCGGAAAUGGAUGAAGACAUGUGUAUGGAGGGUUUGGGAAUGUUGUGUAGACAUUAGAGGAACAAUUCUUUUGAAAACCGUAGCUGUGAUGGGGAUAGGUGAUGUGCUGAAGGGUUCGGGUUUGAGAAACAGACAGGGAAAUGUGUUUGUACGUGGGUCACAUGAACUAGAAUCUGUUAAACAAUGAAUAAAUAAUAAUUAUGAUUUGGAUGAAUAUGAAUGCUGUUAGUCUGUACAGAGGGAACAUGUAUUGAUACCUGUUGUUGAGAUUGUGAAUGUUAUGGAUUCUUGUACAUAUCUUUCAUUUUAUUGUAGAUACAAAAAUAAAAUGUCACAUGCUUUACUGCUCCAGUGUUAAAGCAAAUAGACUUAAAUGAAUAUAUGGUGAGGGUGUCAUGACAUGAACGCUGCAGUAAUAAAAUUACUCUUGUGUUUUAUAUAUAUAAAUAUAAAUGACUG